AUGGCGUGGUUGGCGCUAUCAGAAGAGAGCAAGGAGCGCAUCGCGAGGGUCAUCGACCUCUCCAGAGUAGCAAUCCAUUAUGGCUACCUUCCUCUGAUCAUCUACCUGGGCUACACACGAAGCAAUCCACGACCGUCAUUGAUCAGGUAUGUCGAAUUGGGUGUUGAAGAUGGAGGUGUACUGGGCUGA